CUCUAGAGCAGCUGUUUUGGGUUUGAAAUUCCAACAUGGCAGAGGCUGUGGUCAGUCUUCCCUUCACUAACUUGGAAUGGUUUCAAAUCGCAAGCAUCCUCGCAUAACCCGAACACCCAUUCAUCAGCACAUACAUCGGAUCGAUGAAACUCUAACCUUCAAGGCUGCCACACAUACAGGCGUAAAGAUGCAGUGGACCCCGGAGCAUGCUCAGUGGGCGGAGCAGCACUUCGACAUCUCCUCCACCACGCGCUCGCCGGCGCACAAGGCCGAGGCCUACCGGGCCCACCUGCAGCCCAGCUACCAGUACGCCUGGGCCAACGACGACAUCUCCGCGCUCACCGCCUCCAACCUGCUCAAGAAGUACGCCGAGAAGUACUCGGGCCUCCUGGAGGGCCCCGGCGAGCGGGCGCUGCUGGGCUCCUACGCGGAGGCGGCCCCGGGCCUCCUCAACGGGAGGAAGUCGGAGGGGGACGCCUGGCAGGAGGGCAUGUACCCCAUGGGCUGCGUCCCCGACGUCAUCCCGGGGGGCAAGGGCGGGCCGCCCUCCUCCGGCGCCGUCCCCCCCGCCGCCGCCGCCGCCGCCGACGGCAUGGGCGGCUCCCCGGGCGUGGCCCCCGCCCUGACGGAGCCCGGCUACCCCGGCGGCAACUGCAGGGGCCACGGGGGCCCCGGGCUCCACCCCGACCUCCCGUCUCAGGAAUACGGGGCCGGGUACAACGGCUCCUACCUGCACUCCGGCUACGGCGGCCAGCCCGCCCCCGCCCUGCCCUCCCCCCACCCCUCGCCGCUGCACAGCGCCGGGCUCCUCCAGCCGCCCCCCCCUCCCCCCACCCUGGUGCCCAGCUACAACGCCGGGUCCCCGAACCUCUCCGGCUACAGCUACCCCCCGGCGGGGUACCCUCCGCAGACCGCCAUCGCCCCCGCGUACAGCCCCGGCGGGGCGACCCCUUCCUCGGCCUACCUGCCCUCGGGGAUCGCGGCGCCCACGCCCCUGCCCCCCUCCACCCUCCCCGGCUACGCCUACCAGUCGCACAGCCUCGCGCCGAUGGCGCCGGCGCCCCUGAGCGGCGGCUCGGCCGGCUCGCUGAAGAGGAAGGCCUUCUACAUGGCGGAGCAAGGGGAGGUGGAGCCCGGCUACGGCGGCUUCGGCUACGGCCAGCAGCGCUCCAGCCACAGCCCCAUGUACAGGAUGGCGGACGGCGGCGCCCCCGGCGCCGGCCGGGGGAACGGGUUCGACAGGGGCGCCGAGGCCUCGUCUCUAGCAUUCAAGCCCGCCAAGCAGCCGCCGCCGCCGCCCUCCGACCAGCAGAGGAAGUUCGGCGGCCGGCCGGGCGGGGCUCUCUCCCCGCCGUCCUUCGGCCCCGCCGCCAAAGGGCCCCCCGGCGGCUCCAAGUCGGGCGAGGCGUUCGGGGACGAGCGCGGGGGGCGGCGGCAGCAGCAGCAGCAGCAGCAGCGCCUCUCGCACUCCGCUCCCGGGCCGACCGUCGGCGCGGCCGCCUCGCCCGCCCACCCCGCGGAGGAGCAGCUGAAGGGCGGCGACCCGCGCCUCCUGGAGGUGGUCACCGCCGAGGUGGUCCAGCAGUGCCUCCCGGUGGACUGGGGCGACGUGGCGGGCCUGGAGCCGGCCAAGGCCGCGCUGAAGGAGGAGGUCCUCUGGCCCAUGAUGCGGCCCGACGUGUUCGGCGGCCUGCCGGCCCCGCCCCGGACCGUCCUCCUGUUCGGGCCCCGGGGGACGGGCCGGACGCUGCUGGCCCGCUGCGUGGCCAGCCAGCUGGGCGCGGCCUUCCUCCGGCUCAGCGGCUCCGCCCUGGCCUCCAAGUGGCUGGGGGACGGGGAGAAGCUGGUGCGCGCCUCCUUCCUGGUGGCGCGGUGCCGGCAGCCGGCGGUGGUGCUGGUGAGCGAGGCGGACGCGCUGCUCGCGCCAAGGCCGGGCGAGGACGGCGCGGUGGGCAGGGUCCGCGGCGAGCUGCUGGCCCAGCUGGACGCCGUCCUGGCCUCGGCCGAGGACCACGUGCUGGUGCUCUGCUCCACCAGCAGGCCGGAGGAGAUGGACGAGUCCCUCCGGAGGUACUUCGCCAAGCGGCUCCUCGUCCCCCUGCCGGACGCCGCGGCCCGGCACCAGAUAGUCAGCCAGCUCCUGUCGCAGCACAGCUACUGCCUCAGCGACAAGGAGGUGUCGCUGCUGGUCCGGAGGACGGAGGGCUUCUCGGGGCUGGACGUGGCGCGGCUGUGUCAGGAGGCGGUGGUGGGGCCCCUCCAUGCCCUGCCGGGGGGGGCGGACCUUUCCGCCCUCCUGCCCGGCCAGCUGCGGCCGGUCACCUACCAGGACUUCGAGAACGUUCUCUGCAAAAUGCAGCCCGCCGCAUCGCAGAAGGAGCUGGACGCUUACACCGAGUGGAACAAAAUGUACGGCAGCGGCCAGUGAGAGACGGGGGGGGGGGCGUGGAGGGAGGACCGUCGGGCGGGGGUAGACCCGUUAGACGGACGGACGAAGGAAAGAACCCC